AGAUUGCAGCUAUUUCGUAUAUAUUCGCUCACUUAAAACCCUAGGCCCUCUGUGCCUCUCCCUCCCUCAACUCCUCAGCAGCGCCAUACUGCUCUUCGUUUCAAUCAGAAACAAUGGCUGUCCCUUUGCUGAAGAAGCAAAUUGUGAAGAAGCGUACCAAGCACUUCAAGAGGCCCCAAAGUGACAGGAAGAUAUGCGUCAAGGAAAGCUGGAGAAGGCCCAAGGGUAUUGAUUCACGUGUCAGGCGAAAGUUUAAGGGAUGUGCCUUGAUGCCCAACAUUGGCUAUGGUUCAGACAAGAAGACUCGCCACUUUCUCCCUAAUAAGUUCAAGAAAUUCGUUGUGCACAAUGUCAAAGAGGUUGAAAUCCUAAUGAUGCACAACAGGACUUACUGUGCUGAGAUUGCACACAAUAUUUCCACCAAAAAGAGAAAGGAGAUCGUCGAGCGUGCAGCGCAGUUGGAUGUUGUUGUUACCAACAAACUUGCCAGGCUGCGCAGCCAGGAGGAUGAGUGAGCUUUGGAGCUAUUAUGGUUAAUUUUGCUUCGUGUGUUUCCUACUAUGUUAGUUUUCAGCAUUUUGGAAGAAAUCUUAUGCAGGAUUUUGAUUUUGUUUUCAAUUCAGUAUCGUUGGAUCUAGACUCUGUUACUAAUCUAGCUAUGUUGAAUGACAUGAAGUUCUGUCCACUCGUGUUUGGUUUUAC